CAGCGCAUGAGGCAGUGCGUCGCACCUGGCACUAGUUCUCUACACGUGGUGGCACUCUGAUGCACGCACCGCGUCUACCCGACUCUACAUCAACGCACACACACACCCGAAGCAUCCGACCAAAGAACCGAGGAAGCUAGUACCUUCCCUCAGAGUGACUUAACCCUGAACGAACUUAAAAAGACUCGCUAGCAUCCUGGAGACUUUACACCUGUGAGUGAACGUGUUAACUUGAGGAUUGCUCUGAGUGCGUGAGUGUGGAGGUGUUCUGAGACGACUCACAGGACGACCACUAACAUGACGACUCUGUCAGGUGUCGUGGCACGCUGGCUGGCUCUUAUCUUCCUAGCCUCAGGAACUGCUGGAGUAACCUGGAACUGGGAGCAGUGGUGGACCUAUGAUGGGAUCUCUGGUCCGGACUUCUGGGGACUGAUCAACCCAGACUGGAGUCUGUGCAGCAAGGGUCGUCGCCAGAGUCCCAUUGACAUAGACCCAGCGAGACUCCUUUACGACCCUAACCUACGACUGCUGCAUAUUGACAAACACAGGGUGUCAGGACACCUGGAGAACACUGGACACAGCGUAGUGCUGACACUGGACAGUACUAAAACUCAACUCAACGUGACUGGAGGGCCGCUGUCUUACCGCUACCAGCUCACAGAAGCUCACCUCCGCUAUGGUAUCGUCGACCUGCUGGGCUCUGAGCAUACCAUCAAUGGCAGAGCCUUUCCUGCUGAGCUACAAAUCUUCGGCUACAAUUCUCAACUCUACGCCAACUUCUCCCAGGCGCUUGACAAGGCUUACGGCAUCGUUGGUAUAUCUAUCCUGGUCCAGAUCGGUGAGAGGUCGAACCCGGCGUUGAGUCAGCUGACAGCUGGCGUCGACAAGAUCAAGUAUGUGGGUGAGCAGUACACUGUACAUCACCUGAGUGUUCAUGACCUGCUGCCCGACACAGCCUACUUCAUGACCUACGAAGGGUCCACCACUAUGCCUGCCUGUCAUGAGACCGUCACCUGGGUCAUGCUUAACCGACCUAUCUAUAUUACCAAGCAGCAGUUGUAUGGUCUACGACAGCUGAAACAAGGUGAAGACGAGAGCCAGGCAGGUGCACCUCUAGCAAACAACUUCCGUCCACCACAGAAACUACACCACAGACCCGUCAGAACCAACAUUGACUUCACUAAUGCUGGUGGUAACUGUCCGUCCAUGCACCGGGAAGCAUAUUACAAAGCCCACAACUUCACCCACGAGCACAGGACGCCAAUGACCAGCCAACAGCUGGACGCUGAGCUAGCUCGGUUCCUCUGCUCAAGACCCGAGGACCACUGAAUCCUUUUCCUCCUCCUCUUUCUUUGCUCUCAACCCGAGGACCAUUGAGUCCUCAGCCUCUCCUCAGGAGUGACCAACGUCCGGUCGGUAACGAGGAUGUUCACAGUGUUCCCAGAGGAAGUUCAUCUUAUUCUCGGUGCACAAGUCGACCCCGAGGACUUACAAGUCGACCUCAGAGGACUUACAAGUCGACUUCAGAGAACUUCUAUCAUGUUCUCAUUCAUACGGCGGUCCCGAGAAUGAUCUCUAUAGUCCUCUGAACCAGACGGGAACAUAGACCUACAAAUGGAACACGGACCUACGGUACAGGUGGGACACAGUAUAUGAACAAAGCAAGCUUUCAAAAUGUCCGUGUAAAAAAUUGCAAAUAAGCUAAACAAUGCUUACGCCUGUGUUAGUAGUGAGAAGAAUCCUUUACUGACGGUCCAACAGCGGCAAGACUGUUUUGCUGUCGAGUUUAACGCCAGAAAAAACUAGAUAAAUUACACACUGAACGGAAUGAAGGUUUAAACCCGUGGCAAGACAGGAUUAAAACUAGAAAGCAAGUGCGUUAUACAAUCAUGUGAUGAUUCUACGAGUCAAAAUUGAUGAAUACCAGUGGAAGACAAGUCAUAACCGUCACCGUCAACAUACAGGUAUGACAACUGUACGUAACGUCUGUCUGCUUGUCAUCUAACGUCUCAGAUACAUCACAGAGACGUUAUUAACAAAGUUAAAAGGGAGAUGCUUGGCCAAUACGUCGGUGAUACGACGUAGAAAAACAAAUCAAGUAAUGUCAGUCGGGACUCCAGUUACUGUGUACCUUCAGUUAUGUAAUGUAACUUGCGAGUUACACACUGUACCUUGUGAAUCAGGCAGUCAACUUGUAUGUUAUAUACUAGCAUUAUGAGUUAGGCAGUAUACCUUGUGAGUUAGGCAGUGUACCUUGUGAGUUAGGCAGUGUACCUUGUGAGUUAGGCAGUGUACCUUGUGAGUUAGGCAGUGUACCUUGUGAGUUAGGCAGUGUACCUUGUGAGUUAGGCAGUGUACCUUGUGAGUCAAGCAGUCACCUUCCGAGUUAUAUACUUACAUUAUGAGUUAGGCAGUGUUCCCUGUGAGUUACAGGUGUUCCUUGUAUUACAUAGUGGUUAAUAUCUUGACCUGAGUUACAACUGGGUGUUAUAAGCCUAAGUAAUUAUAUAUAUUGCUAAUAUUACUAACCUAUUAUUAUUAUUAGUGGUAGUAGUAGUAGUAGUAGUAGUAGUAGUAGUAGUAGUAACAUUAGCAGUAGUAGUAUGUUAUUCACGGGAAAGUACUAAACUCGUAAGGGGCAAAAAGCGCCUGGACAAUAGGUGGUAAUCAAAUUCGAUCAGAGGGAAGGAGAGGACAUCUGCAGUUCCUUACUUAAAGAGCCUCUCACCAGUGUCACGGUAGAUUAUAUUGUAUUUUUACGAAGCGUUGAACUCCUCACAAGAAGGGAAUAGAGGCUCCACACUCUGGCUGCUGAUAACUCAGGUUAUUGGUGCUUGCUAGUAGUACAGAGCUUCGUAAAAGCAGUUAGAAAAUAGAGGUAAUCAUCAUGGCCCAGUGACGCACCACUGGAUCUGCUACCGUCCAUUUAGCAUUAAGAUGAACAAUAUAACGAGAAAACUAACUUGUUAAAUACAUGUCCUGCAGUGCAAGUAACAUCUCGGGUUAAUUAGUUAUAUUGUUAGUCUCAGAACAGUCAACAAAUUAGGAAUAUUAAGACAUCUGGCUGAUUAGGUUUAAUUAAACUCCGGCUUUAAUAAUGUCCAGAGUAGGUAAACACGCCUUUAAUACCUUCAGUCUUGGAGUAAUAAAGGAAAACGUAUAUACCAUGACUCAUGAAGCAGCGUAUAUACCAUAACUUAGAUAUGUAGCGUAUAUAUUAUUAUUUAAUAAAAGUUUAGUGUAUGAUUCAAUAGAAGUUUAACGUAUGAUUCAAUAGAGGUUUAACGUAUGAUUCAAUAGAAGUUUAACGUAUGAUUCAAUAGAAGUUUAACGUAUGAUUCAAUAGAAGUUUAACGUAUGAUUCAAUAGAAGUUUAACGUAUGAUUCAAUAGAAGUUUAACGUAUGAUUCAAUAGAAGUUUAACGUAUGAUUCAAUAGAAGUUUAACGUAUGAUUCAAUAGAAGUUUAACGUAUGAUUCAAUAGAAGUUUAACGUAUGAUUCAAUAGAGGUUUAACGUAUAUACCCGUAAACUAAAAAAACAACAGUAU